AUUUCACCAGAAGUUUGAGUAUCACUACUCCUGAUCAGAUGAUUGAAAAGGCCAAAGGGGAAACUGCCUAUUUGCCAUGCAAAUUUACCCUGAGUCCCGAAGACCAUGGCCCGCUGGACAUCGAGUGGCUGCUGUCACCAGCUGAUAAUCAGAAGGUGGACCAAGUGAUUAUUUUAUAUUCUGGAGACAAAAUUUAUGAUGACUACUAUCCAGAUCUGAAAGGACGAGUGCAUUUUACAAGUAGUGAUCUCAAAUCUGGUGAUGCAUCAAUAAAUGUAACAAAUUUACAGUUGUCAGAUAUUGGCACAUAUCAGUGCAAAGUGAAAAAAGCCCCCGGUGUUGGAAAUAAGAAGAUACAGCUGACAGUUCUUGUUAAGCCUUCGGGUACACGAUGUUACAUUGAUGGAUCAGAAGAAAUUGGAAAUGACUUCAAACUAAAAUGUGAACCAAAAGAAGGUUCACUUCCCUUACAAUAUGAAUGGCAAAAAUUGUCCAACUCACAGAAACUGCCCACAAUGUUGAUAGCAGAAAUGACUUCACCUGUUAUAUCCGUUAAAAAUGCCACUACUGAGUACUCGGGGACAUACAGCUGUACAGUCACCAACAGAGUGGGCUCUGAUCAGUGCCUAUUACGCCUGGAUGUUGUUCCUCCUUCAAAUAGAGCCGGCACAAUUGCAGGAGCUAUUAUCGGAACUUUGCUUGCUCUAGUGUUGAUUGGUCUGAUCAUCUUUUGCUGUCAUAAAAAGCGCAGAGAAGAGAAAUACGAAAAGGAAGUUCAUCAUGAUAUCAGGGAAGACGUGCCUCCUCCAAAGAGCAGGACAUCCACAGCCAGAAGCUACAUCGGCAGCAAUCACUCGUCCCUGGGAUCCAUGUCCCCUUCCAACAUGGAAGGAUAUUCCAAGACUCAGUAUAACCAGGUGCCAAGUGAAGACUUUGAACGCGCUCCUCAGAGUCCGACUCUCCCACCCACUAAGGUAGCUGCCCCUAAUCUCAGUAGGAUGGGAGCGGUGCCCGUGAUGAUCCCAGCGCAGAGCAAGGAUGGGUCCAUAGUAUAGAGAGAGCCUCCGCACUGUUCAUCUGUGGGCUCCUCGUUUCUUUUCUUUUGAAAUAUGAAAACCUAUUCUGCUCUAAAUUUUUCUACCUGCCUCAAAAUAGAGGUAACCAGAAACUGUAAGAACUAUACUUCAAAAAAAGUUUCAUUUGGUUAUAUUGAAAUGGUAUUAAAGUUACUAAAGAUGAAGUCAGCAUCUGAAAAAGAUUUCCUGUAAGAGGCUGAUUUUCUAGGUUUCUAAAUAUUAACACUUAAGUAACAUGUAGCACUUUGAAUAUGAAAAAUCACAGGUAAAGAAAUUGGUGAACUUACAUGCACACCAAGUUGAUACUUGAAUCAUCGAAAGUGGUACUUUAUAAUUUCUACCAAUAUUUUUAGGAUGCCUUUCUCAAUUUAUGACUCAGUACCCCAAAAUUGAUAAAGGAUCAUUUAGGGCAAAACACACUUUUAUACAUUUAUGUUUGUUCUUGUUUUUAUAGCUUCUUGGAAAACUCUAAAUGUGUUUGGAAUAGCUCUAAUAACAGAAAACACCUCAGUGUUCUAGGAAUUACUCGUUUUAGUUUCAAGUCAUUCAUAAACCUAAGUCUAUGAAAUGAUUUCUUAAGUAUUUAAUUAAUAGACUGCUACGGCAACAGGGACAUACAUAAUAAGCUCUUUUAUAUGCUAAAAUGAAGGAGCAUUGACAGAUUCUUUUAGAAAAUUUGCUGUCAGCCGUAUUGAGCAAUGAUAAUAGUGGUGCAAUAGCGAGGAUGGAUUUGGGAGAUGAGUAAGCUGACUCCUGGAGGCCUGUGGGGGUCUUCAGCACAGCGACCAGCCAUAUCAGCGAUGGAGUAUUUUGCAGUUCCCGCCCAACUAGAUGCUGGCUCUCCACGUUAGGUCAUAUUUUUUUCUACUAAGAAAAAAUUAUAACGCAUUUAUUAUUUGACAGAUACUGACUGAAAUUCCCUAAUUAUUGGUUCUAAAUUAAAGUUUUAUUCUCUGGUUCAGUGUUGUUUUUUGAUGGUGUUGCAUGUUAAAUGUUCUAGAAACAUGUAAUCCUAAAUUUGCCUUCUUGAAUGCAGUUACUGGAGGAUGUUUUCUUCAUAAACUCAAUGAGGAAAUAACAUGUUAAGCUAGUUAAGUGUCCUCCAUUUUGUAUUUCAGACUCGGGAGGAUGCACAGUUGCUAUUGUAUGGCCAACGUGUCUUUGUGUAGUUGCAGAAAAUCAAGUUGAGCUUUGAAAAAUUUGAGUCUUAGUUUUGUGAAAGUGAUUUAUUCUUUAAAAAAAAAAAAAGGAAAAAUUAAAGGAAUACUCCUAACUGCCAAAUGUGUUAAAUACUUGUGGUAGAAGAAAGUGAAUUUAUUGUAUUUCCCUGAAGAUUGUGAGGGAGUGUGGAUAUAGUAGAAUGAGCCAACAGUUUCUUUAUAGUAAAUAAGAUCUGCAAUAAAUUAUUUCACUAGCUCUAAAACCUUUUCCCUAGAUUUUAGUAGGGAGUUGGUUUCUGCUAAUCUCUUUGGGUGCUGUGGUGGUACAUGCUACAUUAUAUUAUAAAUUAAUGUUGGCAUGAAUUUAUGAUUAGGAAGAGCAUUGUGUACACUUUUUACUGGUAAAUUUAAGCUGAAUGUGUAAUGGGUUAGUGUAUAGUUUUACAUAUUUGGAAGCAUUUUUUUAAAAUAGGUUUUUACCUUCCAUAAUAUUGCUUUUAUAUUUGUGUUAACAUUUUCAUCUGUGCCUUUUGGGUAAUUUAAUUUUUAUUAUGAAUUUCUGGUGCCUAUGAGCUAGCUAUCACCUGGAAGGUGCUUAGAGGUGAAGGUACUGUUCAUAAAACGCAUCACUGUGACACCUUUCUAUCAUCAUACUUUCAGUCUUGCCUCCUCUUUUCUGUUCUUUGUGGAUGUUCACUGAUUGCGUUAUUCAUAAAGAUUUCAAAACUUCAGCAUCCCCAACACUCUUUGACUGUGUUUCUGAUUUUAUAACAGUAACUAUUUUUGAAUACCAGAUGUCUGGUCUGUUUUAUAUGAAUAAAACUUAUAUUAUUAUAAGAAUAAAUAACAGCACCAACUUUAAUAAAAUGUUUGGUCCUUUCUAUUUCCCAUUUUCAUGGAAUGAAAAUUAUGCGAUCUAAGUGGAAAUUACUGCAAAAAAA